GGUUCGUGUAACCGGCGUUUGCAACCCAAAAGCUGCCAUCGUCACCGCAGACUUUACGAACUCCGCAGCAACUCAUCGCCGUCCUUCUUCCUCGAACUCUGCGUCUUCUGAGUUCAAUAAUCCGAAAAAUCCCCCACUUUUUGGUGGGAACGAUUUCCCGAAUAGCUCAAUCGAAAGAUUCCCCGUAGAGAAAUGCUGCGCACAGAACCGUCCUUCGAGAUCUACAGUUCCGACGAUGGGCUGCCGCCGGGAGAGACAGAUCACGAAGAUCUGAUCGAAAGAGAGGUCGCGGGCAUCAGGGAGUUCAGUUUUCGGACGAUCGAUGAAAAUGACGGCGGCGAAGGAGAGAAUGAACGGGAAGAAGAUGCGGAAGAUGAAGAUAAGUCUAAGGAUUUGAGAUUUGACGGGCCCGGGGAUGGGGAUGAAGAAGAGAUUGGGAAUUACUGCAAGAGGAUUCUCAAAGACGAUCCUUCCAACCCUUUGUUUCUCCGGAAAGUCGCUCAACUUUUGCAGUCAAAGGGAGAUACCGCAGGAGCCGAGGAACAUUAUUUUCUUGCUACUCUCUAUGAUCCUAAAGAUGGUGAAACUCUAAUGGAAUACGCUAAGUUGGUUUGGGAGCUCUUUGGUGAUAAAAAUAGAGCCUUUUGUUAUUUCAAGCGCGCGGUUCUUGCUGCACCUCAAGAUAGCCAUGUUCUUGGAGCAUAUGCUAGAUUUCUAUGGGAAAUUGAUGAUGAAGACGAUGAGUUGAAAGAAGGGGCGUCCGGAGAAGAAGAUGAAUAUCAUCCAGGUGCAACACUGCAAGCUGACGCCAGUGAUGGAGAAAUAAUCUCAGAAUAUGCAAAAUUCAUAUGGAAACACCAACAAGACAAAGAAAAAGCAUCAUUCUAUUUUGAGAGAGCAAUUCAGGCUUCUCCAGAAGAUAGCAACGUGAAUGCCGCAUAUGCAAGCUUUCUAUGGGAAACGGAGGAAGGAUGAAGAUGACGAUGGAGGGUUCAUAAGAACACUUGGUCAAGACAAUGGAGCAGCAAGUUAAAGUCUAUUUUUCAUAAUCAAGAGGCAAAGUUUAAAAUGAAUAUAAUGCCUUAGAGUGUAUGUUUGCAAGAACUUGUUUUAAGAUCUAAAUAAGUUAUCAAGUUUUGU